AAAGAGGGAGGACAUAUGUAAACCGAAAACCCGUAAAUAGAAAUUAAAGGUAUUUGAUUCGCAACUGAAAUUAUAUGUGUAUAAAAGAUUAAAAUUGUUUAAAAUACCUAAAUUCAAUGUACUUUUAAAAUCAUAAUACCGGGCCUUCAAUCCCUGUAACAGAAAAGCCAUUCUUAGAGCAUUGAUUACUAGAAACAAAGCUUGUUCAUUAAACAAAGAAAUCAUUGCUUAGACAAAAAUAGUAAAAAAUGGCUAAGGUAAUUUCACAAGAAACCUUCGAUGAUGUGGUAAAGGAAAAUAUUGUGGACUUCUCUAUGAGUCCAGAUGAAGCAAAAGAAGAAACAAUCAAACAAUUCGAAGCUCAGGGGAUUAACUUGGCGAACAUUAUUAAGGAUUUAACUAUAAAUCCCGACACUGGCAAGCCUGUGUUGAACGAAAUAAUUGAUGAAAUUAAGACGUAUAUAGGACAAAAAUCCACUGAUACUAAAAAAUUACUGGAGAACUUGGAUAUCUUAGACACUGAAUGCCAAAAGUCUAUUUCCCAUCGGGUACUCGCAGGAAAAAAUGGUGCUCAUGAAGCUCUUGUUACGCUUCUGGAACAAGAACUGGUUAGCCAAAAUUCAACUGAAUAUGUGAAGCCUAAUUUGUCUGUUUUGGAGGCCUGUCUAAAGUGUGCAAAUAGCUUUACAAACAAACAACCAGAUAUAUUUGAUGCAGAAGCCCUUGCAGUCAUUCUGAAACUGUUGUCAAUCGAAGACGAAAAUAUAAUAAUUCUUACAUUGCAAUGGUUGCAAAAAGCAAGUAUAAUGCACGAAAUUAAUCGACAAAACAUUAUAAAUGCUGGUGUGGUGAAGAAGUUGAAGCCAUUUGUUUCCAAGCAAAGCAGCUUGAAGCUUAUUCGCGAGGUCCUAGCUGUUCUGCGAUAUCUUGUAUUGGACGAUGACAUUCGUGUAGAGUUUGGAUGUGCACACGAACAUGCGCGACGCAUUGCCAGCGAAUAUAUUGUCGAUUUGACAAAGUUACUAGGCGAAUACAAUGACCCCAAUAUUUUGGCAGACCUUUUGCUGACAAUUGGAGCAUUAGCGGUGCGUCAAGAAUUCUGCACAACCAUCGAGGAUGCUGGGGGAAUUAAAUUGGUGUUUGAUAUUAUGACCGCUAACCAAACAUCUGUUCGUGUUAAUCGCGAAGCUUUCAAAUUACUUCGUGCAUUAGGUGGUAACGAUACUGUAAAGGCGCACAUCGUGUCACAAGGUGCAGCCCCCAUUAUCAAGCAAGUGCUGGAAACACAUCUGUCAAACGAGAAUGUUGUUUCUGGCGCAUUGGCUUGUAUUGCAACAUUGACAUUGCGUGUUAAAGACAAUAGUGCUGCCUUCUUUGCAACGGGAAUUGCAGAAACCAUUGUAGAGGCUGUUCGAAUGCAUCCUAAUAAUAAGAUAGUCCAGCGUAACGGUGCUUGGGCCAUACGCAACAUGGUGUCUCGUUCACGCGAACAGUGCGAAAGUUGGAUUUCUUUUGGUGUGGAAGACCUUCUAAAUACAGCUCUAAGUUCCCACCCAUCUAUACAGCAGGAUGUAAAGGCGGCGCUCCGAGAUUUAGGCUGCAAAGUAGAACUUCGCGAAGAAUUCACAGGAGUUGCUGAGAAGAAAAUUAGUGGCAUGUGAAAACAAAGCUUUUACAAAAAUGCGUUUAGUGCAGAGAGAAAAAGCGAAUAAUGAAAAAAGCUUGAAUCGAAAACUUUUAUAUUUUCAAAUGCCGUUAAUGUGGCUUUAGUGUAUAUUGGGCCCAGUAUUGGCACUAAUUAUAUACUACUUAAGAUUUAAUCAAUAACUAUAUACUUACAUAUUUCAAUAUUUUUUACACUAUCAUAUUCAUAUUGACAUAAAAAACACAUUCUUGUAAUAUUAUAAUUAAUAACUGCCGCAUUUGAUGAUCUAACAAGUAUGACAAUGGAACGUUGUAAUAGAAGCUGUAACGUAACUCGUAAAAAUACAAAAAUUAAAGCAUUUAAA